AUGGAUUUUAGCAAGGAUCCCAGCUCCCUCACAAGGGAGUACGCCCGCAACCUCGACGAACAGGAUCCCCUCCGUGACUUUCGAAAGGAGUUCAUCAUCCCCUCCAAGGCCGAUCUGACACGCACAACCCUAGCCCCCCCUACAGGGGAGGAAGAGAGAAAACUUGAAGAAAGCUGUGUUUAUCUCUGUGGAAAUUCCCUAGGCCUCCAACCUGUUUCUACAAGUGAACACGUCAAUUCCUACUUGCGGUCAUGGGCUCUCAAAGGAGUGCUGGGUCAUACCGAGCCCCACACCGACCAGCUAACGGCAGAGUGGUUGAAUAUUGAUGAUAGAGCACCUGAGCUUAUGGCACCGCUCGUGGGUGCUAAGGAGAGUGAGGUGGCUCUGAUGGGGACCCUGACAAGCAAUUUGCAUCUCCUAAUGGCCAGCUUCUAUAAGCCUACCAAGGAGAGGUACAAGAUCAUCUUCGAGGGGAAGGCUUUCCCCAGUGAUCAUUUUGCAAUUGAGUCGCAGGCACGCCACCAUGGCCUUGACCCAGAAGACGCCAUGGUUCUCAUCGAGCCAGUCUCAGAAGACUAUCCCGUCCUCGAGACCUCCCAAAUUCUAUCCGUUAUUGAUGCGCACGCAGACACUGCGGCCCUUAUCCUCCUUCCCGGUAUCCAGUAUUACACCGGCCAAUUCUUUGAUAUGAAGACCAUCACGGCUCAUGCCCAUUCCAAGGGGUUAAUGGUAGGAUGGGACUGUGCUCACGCUGUAGGAAAUGUUGAGCUUCAAUUCCAUGACUGGGACGUUGACUUUGCGGCCUGGUGUUCGUACAAAUAUUUGAAUUCGGGAGCCGGGGCUAUGGCAGGACUAUUUGUGCACGAGAAACAUGGAAUGGUCACGGAGGAUAGUUUUAGACCACGGCUAUCGGGUUGGUGGGGAAGCGAUAAGAGCUCCCGCUUUAUAAUGGAUAAUAAGUUUGUUCCUCGUCCUGGCGCGGCAGGUUAUCAGGUUUCCAACCCUUCUGCUCUCGACCUAGCGGCUGUGACUGCAUCUCUGAAGGUGUUCAACAAAGCUACAAUGCAAGCUCUUAGGCGCAAGUCAGUUAAAUUGACAGCCUACCUAGAAUAUCUCAUUGACAGAGAGUUCCCUUCCAAAUCCGAGAGACCAUUUACCAUCAUCACGCCGUCUGACCCGGAUAUGAGAGGGGCACAGCUCAGUUUGCGAUUAAGAGCAGGCUUGUUGGACCCCGUCUUCUCCUGCCUGCUGAGGAAUGGUGUUGUGCUCGAUGAGAGAAGGCCGGAUGUCAUCCGCGUGGCUCCCGCACCACUAUAUAACUCGUUUGAAGAUGUUUGGCUAUUUGUUCGUGAGCUUAGAGUGGCAUGUGAUGAAGCAACUGCGCGUUAG